UGUAGUUAACAGGCUGUUUUGGACACAUGCUGUAGACUCGUACAAAGAUGCUGGGGAUCAAAUUUGUACCACUAACUCUGAUGUGUCUAACUGUCCUAAGUAUAACUGGCAGCGUCUUUGCAAAGAGCAGGCAAAUCUGCUAUAAAGUACAGAGAAACGACAGAAAGGAGAAAUACUGUGCCCGGCGAAUUUUCGGGAUAUGCUGUGAGUAUAAGUACAGAUGGGUGUGUACAUACUCCCGGCGCUCGUACUGCUGUACUGGGUGGAGAACCAAAUACAACUCUUCGCCGUGUAAGGAACCUAUUUGCUCGUCUGGCUGUUUGAAUGGGGGCACGUGCAAACAACCGAAUGUAUGUCAGUGUAAACUAGGCUACAAAGGAGCAACCUGUGGUACACCCCAGUGUUCAUGGAAAAAGCCGUGUUACCCGGGUUUGUGCAACCCCAAGAAUGGAAAUUGUCAGUGUUCCACAGGCUACGGUGGAAGCUCAUGCGAUAUUUUGCCCCCCAACGAGAGACCUAAACUGACAACUACCAAGGCUACUCUUUAUGAGCUGGACAGAGAAAGUGCUCGUAAAAUCUACAGUCUUGAAGUGGAUGCGACAAACUUAACCGGUGUGGAGAGUGAUAAAUUCUGGACGAAUCUUAAACGGUUCAACUCCAUUGUCAUUCACUGGGAGAGUUUUCAUGACUCUACAACAGAUUUGCCAAUGAAGCCGUCCUACAUUCAGGAGGCAGAAUUUGGAAUAGUCGAGGGAAAGGCGAAAGUGUCGCACAAGAAAUUGCAGAUUGGAGGGGCAGGUUGGGUCAUCAAAAAAGGACAAAGCGCAGACUGCAAACCAACUGUAAGCUGGAAGAAUCCGGAGACAGGCAUCCACAACUGCACGGUCCAAGUGCCUUUUGACUACCGUAUAGACGAUCGUGAUAUGCUUGAAAUCAACGUAACUGCAAAGAAUGGUGGAUUUCGGACUAUUCAGAGUGAAGGGAAAACGAUGUUUACGGGAAACACCAUCACGAAGACUCUGACAGUCCUGUUUGAUUUAAAACCUCCGACCCAUUGUUACCUGAGCCAUUCGUGUUCAAAUGAGAAACCGUUGUACCUCAUGGGCGGUAAUGACAUAAUCGAGGACGAAAUCACGGUCAGCUGGAAUGGAUGGAAAGACCCUAACUCUGGCGUGCGCAAGUAUGUUAUCGAAGUGUUUCAACUGAUGGCGAACCCAUCAAGAAAUCUAACAGAGCACGGAGAUCCGAUUCACACUGUCGAAGUGGACAAUGGUCAGGACCAGUUGUCUUACAUACCAUCCCUUCCAGGUAUGUACUCUAUCGUAUUAGAGGUCAAUGACCUGGCCAACAACUCGCGGUACGCCAGACGUCUCUUUCUCUACGACCCAAUCCACGCCGUGGAGAUCAACACGGACGAAGGGGCGCAACUCUUUGUGUCCAGUGCUUCAAACAUGUCCGGUCACCUUUGGCAGGUAAGUUUGACGAACAACAUCGAGGUGAGAUGGACAAAUCAUUUCGCUAACAGGUUCCAUGAAAAAAAUUACCUACUGAAUCCCGUGUCGCCAUUUCCCAAGAUUGAAGAUGACAGAAUAAAUUUCCGGAAGGAGGUCGAGUACGCUCUCGAUGACCACGACGGGCAGAGAACUGUGCUAGGUAUUAAGAACGUUCACGGAAUCAUCCGCUUCGAGAGAGCAUACAAACGGUAUCAAGGUUAUAUUGAAAACUGCGACGAUCCUACAGACGCAUUUUCAAAGAUUCUGACGGAUGAAACAGACGUUUUCAACGUUAAACGCGAAUCUGGGGACACAAUCUGCAUAUGGGUGACAGCGUGGGAUGUGAAAAAUACGCGCAAGACAGACGUAACGAGAGUACAUUUCGACGACACCAUGCCAACUGUAGAACAAUCAGGUGGCUUUCAGCUCAACAUGAACUCAACUGAACACCCCUUUUCUAGUCGAGUAACCUUGAUCUCUGAAGACCUGGAGAGCGGAGUGAACAAACUCCGAUGGAGGGUCAUCAAUAACCAGACAGGCUUUAUGUACGGCGAAGACUUUUCAAAUAAUCGAUUUAAUCAGACGUCCUCGCGUCGCAAGCGAAUGUCAGUGUGCUCUGACCGCAAGGUGUGUUACUGUGUGCCUACGGACAGCGAUAACUGUUUCCUAAGAGAGAACAGCGUCUUCAUUAACCAUUGUGUCAUCAAGGUGCCCAAACAGGAAGUCUCAGGCCUCUCUGUGAGGUUUGAAGUUGUCGCCAUCAACCAAGCUGGCAUUUCCUCCCUGCCAAAGAGCUAUACGGUCAAAGACGUUACGAAAUUAACUGGCAUCAACUCGUAUGUGGCUCCCAUGCAACUUCGUGUCCGCAACAAGACGCACGCGUCGGUCACAGUGGUCUGGGACAAUCCCCCUAGUUGUUACGAGGUGUCCUCCAUCCAAGUGAUGUACAAACCCUCGACGGCAUCCCGCUACUUCAACAAUACGUUCUUUAAAAAGAACAAACAGAUCAGCCUGAAUGCGCUGCUGGCCGACACCGAGUACACUAUUCAAGUGUUCAAUAUAUACGGCGAGGAGCCAAGCAAACCGACAGUGUUCACCUUUAGGACUGCUGAAAAGCCAAAACUCUCGGGAGGUGCCAUAUUUGGGAUUGUUGUGGGUGUUCUCGUGUUUCUGGCCCUGUGCUCGCUGCUUGUGUUCAUGUGCGUUCUCUGGCGUAGAGGCCAGUUGAAAUCCACAUUACAACGUAGGAUCACGCGAGUCCAGACGAUAAUGAGAAAUAACGUGAGAAGGAGAGACAGAGAUACAGUGCGCCUGACAUAUGUCAAUAAUCUGAAAGAAGACGAUGACCUAUAUAUUUACGGGAACAUGGAAAUUGAUGGGAAGCAGGACUGGCAGAUUUCCGGAGCUGACUUGGAUUUACAAGAGUUGAUCGCUGAAGGAAUGUUUGCGAGGAUCUACAAAGCCCAACUCACCCUCAAAACACGGGAGACCACAUUGGUAGCGGCCAAAAUGCUCAAAGUCAGCAAGCUGUGCAAAGAAGAGAUUCUGAUAAUGAAGGCGAAAAUAAAUUUCAUGGCCACAAAUGCGUUAGACCACGAGAAUGUUAUCCACUUCAUAGGAGCCAUAAUGGACGACAGUGACCGAGGUCCAAUCAUGCUGUUAGGUUACUGCGAAAAUGGCCGCUUGAUUGAUUGGCUGGUCCAGCGACGACAGCAGGGAAAGGCCUUUGACCACACUGUGGACAACUUAUUUAAAUUCGCCUUCGGAACCGCUAAAGGCAUGGAGUAUCUCACCCACAGAGGCGUAACUCACCGGAAGUUGGCGGCACGUAACAUCUUGUUGGACUUCAACCUGCAUCCGAAGAUAACGGGAUUCGGACCUGUUCCAGAUGAACUCAGCGAAGAAAGCAAGAAAAAGGAGAAGCUGCCGUUGCGAUGGUUGGCACCUGAACUUCUUCGGGCUAGGUCCACGCGCUUAGCUGACGAGAAAAGUGACAUCUGGUCAUACGGAGUGGUAGUGUGGGAAAUCUUCAGUUUUGGUGAGGUGCCCUACGGGAAGAUUCACUGGCGUGAACUUUUGAGUAAGCUUAAGCAGGGAUACCGCCUCCCUAGACCAGAGUUUAUGAACGACGAAUAUGACAUGAUCACAAAACGUUGUUGGAACGACAUGCCUGCUGAUCGCCCUGGUUUUUCUACCUUGGUUAGAGAACAAGAGACAUUGCUUAGACCAGUCUCGAGCUCGUCGCUGUAUUACGAACUAUCAGCCAAGUACAACUCCUAAGAUCCUGUAAGAAAUUAAGGCAGAUGUACUAUUACGGUCUUUUUUUUGUCAGUUUACUUUUGUGGCUCGUGUACCUUUAUUUCUUUUCUAUUCUAUUAGUUAUUGUAUUGUCUAGACGGUUGACAUGUAUUGCUGGCGGUUGCUGGUCGCUGGCUCGAAACCCGCAAUGGUCUCAGCCAAAUUUCAGCACUAGAAUCUGUGCUCUAUUCAGAAAGUGUAAUCCCUAUUAACGAUAAUACUGUUACUUAAUCCACUUUCUAAAUGAAAUCUAUACCUAUCUAUUACGGUCUUUUUUUUGGUCAAUUUACUUUUGUGGCUCGGACACCUUUAUUUCUUUUCUAUUCUAUUAGUUAUUGUAUUGCCUUGUAUAUUUAGCCCAUGAUUGACGCGGACGAGACAACGUUACAUCGAGACGAAUGCCGUGUCUAUUGUGGGCUUACCAGUUCAUCACAUACUGUCUAUUUCAAGCAACAAAGUAUCACACCCAACAAGUUGUACUACAGAGAACAAAACUUUCAAAGACCAUGGGUACUAUACCCAAAUCCUGCCGAUUGAUUGGUUGAGCACGGUGAGAAAAAAUAGACGGUAGGGCCCACAUGCUAAUAGUAUAACGGAGAUAUGCUAUUAGUUUUUUUUUGUUAGUUUGCUUUUAUGUGUAUUUUAGAUUUUUUGUAUUCUUAUUGAAUGAGUUAUUGUGUUGAGUAUAGUAUUUUUCAGGUCUGCAAUUGCUGGACAUGAAUAAAUACCAAUAAAAAAAUUUGGUUUCUGGCUAGGCUGACCACUCCAAGGUUUCCAUAUAACAGUCCUCCUUCACAUUUCGCACAGACCUGACAUUCUGUCAAUUAAGAACAUGCAUUUGACGAAUCCUAAUCAAUAUUGUUGUAAGUAGGCCAACCGGAAGUCCCACACAUUGAUUACAAAUGUUCAAUUGUUCUGUGAUUUCAUGACGUCACAAUGGCUGUCGUAAGGAAUCGAAUGAAAAGAAACGUUGUCACGAGAAGGAGUGGCCUGACAUUGGAUAUGAUGGAUCAAUUCAUGAAGAAAUAUGAAGAAGGUCUGUUGUGAACGUCCUUUGUUGUUCUUUUUUUUUGGGAAGGGGGACAUCUGAGAAACAUUUGUGAAGAAGUGGUGGGCGUGCAACGGAACAUAAAAAUUAUUUUUUAUAUGUGUCUUUUAUAUUUCUAUUUGUUUUAUAUUUGUUUCUAGUUCGUCUUAAAUUCACACGUGCAUGUGACGUGCCUUAUACUUGCUUUCAUUUCAUCAAAAGCCUGUAUAGGCCUACAGUUGCCUUCAGCAUGAACAAGGUUAGAGCUGUUUCACUGAGCCUUGUAUAAGCCCAGUCUUACUACCGUAAUUGACCUCAAAUUUCACCCACAAAAUUGCAUUUUUAGUGGAAAAGAAUGUCACAAAAUGUUAUUUUUGGUGCUGACGCAAUUUUGCAGUAGAAUAUUAUCCCAUGUUUCAAGCAAACCCCAACACACCUUUCUAAAAUAAAAGGAAUCCCCAGUUUCAGGAAAAAUAGGCAAGUUAGUCAUGGACGAAAUUCAUAGUAAUUUACGGUAUACAUAAUAAAUAUUACCAUUUUUAUAUUCAUACUAAUUAUUGUUAUAUUUACAUUGAUAACCCACACACAGAUUAUACUUGCUUCAAUUUCAUCUGUGUUUAUGUGUAUGUGUAUAUACGUAUGUAAGUUUUAGUCCCGUUUUAGUUGUAAUUUGUACCUAAUAAAUACAGUUGUACUGAAUGUGACCGCCUUCGUGGCGUAAUGGUUAGAUUGUCCGCCACGAAGUCGGGAGAGUCCAAGUUAAAACCCGUUUGGGAUCAUGCCAAGCACUUUAAAUAUGGUACACGCUGCUGUCUCGCUCGGCGCUUAACACUGAGAGGUUAAAGCAAUAAAGCAUGACUGGUUGGCCUGGUGUUGAUAUAAUGUGACUGGGUGGGGUGUCAUGUCUUGUGCUUUCAGCAUGACACUUGAGUGGAGGCAGCACUUUGGCGGCAGCACUUUGGCGGCAUGGACUCGUCCUGUCACAAGAAGGCACAGGAUAUACACACGCUUAAUGAUUCUUUGUCGUAUUUUUAUAUUGAUAUAUUCACAUACUUUCUCAUACAUACUCCUACCAUUCCAUAUGUCGUGGCAGCAUCCUGCGGAUGGUCGUGGAUUUUCCCCGGGCUCUGCCCGGUUUCCUCCCGCCAUAAUGUUGGCCGCCGUCGUAUAUGUGAAAUAUUUUUGAUUACGGUGUAAAUCAAUCAAAUAAGUAAAUUAAUUCCAUAUGCUAAUAAGCAGCGCUCCUAUCCUCAUAACUCUUCCCCUGCCUGUAUUAAUUCAUAUUACAUUGAGUGUUUGACAGCCCAAUAAAAUAAUCAAUCAAUCCACCUGA